ACUGAUCUCGCCCGGGGCAGGCUGGGUAGCAUUUAGGCGGGCCGAGCCAUGCGACCUCUGGUGCUGCCAACCGUGGACCAGCUCUGGGCGUGCGGGCAGCCUGGCGCGGCGCUCCGGUAAGGCGUCCGUGCGUGCGGCGGGGCGGGGACAGAAGCGUCCUCUUGGGCUCUGGGCGUGACCAAGACCGCGUUCCCCGCCGAAAUCAAGCUCCGAGUCGUCCCUGUGGGGCAUUCGGUCGCCCAGGGACGGUUGGCCUCUUUCCAGAAGCCAGUUUUGUUUGUUUUAUGUGUAAAUUCGCACCGGUUCUUAUUUCUCUCCCUGGCAAGGUCUGAAGACGGGCAGAAGAAUAACCUGUGUCAGCGUGUUAUGAUGCCGUCCCGUACCAACUUGGCUACUGGAAUCCCCAGUAGUAAAGUGAAAUAUUCAAGGCUCUCCAGCACAGACGAUGGCUACAUUGACCUUCAGUUUAAGAAAAGCCCUCCAAAGAUCCCUUAUAAGGCCAUUGCACUUGCCACUGUUCUGUUUUUGAUUGGCGCCUUUCUCAUUAUUAUAGGCUCCCUUCUGCUCUCAGGCUACAUCAGCAAAGGGGGGGCAGACCGGGCCGUUCCAGUCCUGAUCAUUGGCAUUCUGGUGUUCCUACCUGGAUUUUAUCACCUGCGCAUCGCUUACUAUGCAUCCAAAGGCUACCGCGGUUACUCCUAUGAUGACAUUCCAGACUUCGAUGACUAGCACGCACCUCAUAUCUGAGGAGAAGAGUCACAGUGGGACUGCCCCAGCUUUAAGAUACUGAGCAGAAGCUCUUGAUAAGGGCUAAAGAAUUCUGCAUCUUGCAGAUGUUUAAGUAAACAAUGGCCAGAUUUUAUGGGUUCUUCCCAAAGAUGUUAACUGAGCCUACAGUUAGCUAGUUAGGACAUGACCUGCUCUGUUUCUCAUCCCUUGGCCCUGGUAAGAGCUCCUGACAAGUUUUUCCACAGGAAUAUGAAUCAUGGAAGAAUAGAGGUUAUUCUGUAGUAGAAAGUGUUGCCUGCCACCACCCUCUGUAGAGCUGAGCAUUUCUUUUAAUAGUCUUCAUUGCCAAUUUGUUCUUGUAGCAAAUGGAAGAAUGUAGUAUGCCUAA